AUGUUCACAAAUGAAUCGAUCUUUAAUGGCCUGUUUGACGAAUUAGGACUAGCGUCGUGGUCCCGUGCCGACAGAUUGCUCCCGGAGGUGAACGAGUUUCGACCUCAUCAACGACCGCUUGCCGAGCUUCGCGCCCUCCUUCUCUCAGCUCUAACUUGGUGUUUGACCAUGCAGAAGUGCAGGGCCAUCAACCCCGUGCUAGGGUCCAGGGCGUUCGUCCCCACCCCAGUCCAAUUCCAGGUUCAACGCCGGUUUCUUCAAGAUGUCUCUAUUACCAGGACUGGAAAGCCUCUCCUGAAGGUCCAGGGUGGAAGGUCAUCCCUCGGAGGACACACCGCGACCGUCUUCGGUGCUACCGGUUUCUUGGGUCGUUACAUUGUCCACAAACUCGCUACGCAGGGAUGUACUGUUGUCGUUCCCUACCGUGAGGAGAUGAUGAAACGUCAUCUCAAGGUUACCGGUGAUCUCGGAAGAGUCGUUUUCAUUGAAUACGACCUCCGCAACACCCAGUCGAUCGAGGAAAGUGUCCGCCACUCCGACGUCGUCUACAACCUUGUUGGUCGUGACUACCCUACCAAGAACUUCUCAUACAACGACGUGCACGUCGACGGUACCGAGCGCAUCGCCGAGGCUGUCGCCAAGUACGAUAUUGACCGAUUCAUUCACGUCUCCUCGUACAACGCCGACAAGAACUCUCCCUCCGAGUUCUUCGCCACGAAGGGAUGGGGUGAGGAAGUAGCACGCUCUAUCUACCCAGAAACCACUCUUGUCCGACCCGCCCCCAUGUUUGGGUUCGAGGACAGACUUCUUCACAGACUUGCCAGUGCGACUAACCUGUUUACUGCGAACCACCUCCAGCAACGCUUCUGGCCCGUCCACGCGAUCGAUGUUGGUACCGCCCUUGAGCGCAUGCUACACGACGAUACCACCGCCGCUUCGACCUUUGAGCUGUACGGCCCGAAGGAAUACUCGCCCGCUGAGAUCGCCCCGUUCGUCGACCGCGAAAUCGUCAAGCGUCGCCGCCACAUCAACGUUCCCAAGCGCAUCCUGAAGCCGGCCGCUCAUCUCCUGAACAAGUACCUCUGGUGGCCCACCAUGAGCGCCGACGAAGUUGAGCGGGAGUUUAUCGACCAGCACAUCGACCCGACUGCCAAGACGUUCAAGGACCUCGACAUCGAGCCCGCUGAGCUGUCUGAACUCACUUUCCACUACCUGAAAGGUUACCGAAGCGCAUCGUACUACGACUUGCCUCCGGCUACCGAGCGGGAGCGGGCGGAAGAGAAGAAGUACGUGCACGUUCUCGACGACCAGUAG